AUGUUAUAUAUCUCGAUGAAUGUAUAUGUGACCUAUAAUUGUGGGGUACGCCGAGAGUGGGGCACUAGCCACAUAAAGUCCAUCUCUCCAGUGGAACUUGUAUUUAUAGUGCAAACGCAGAGAUCAGCAGCAUCAGUCUCCAUAAUGCAAUCCUUGACAUGGUGUCUAGUAUUGGCGGGAUGCCUCGCUUUUACUCAGGCUCAUACGUAUCAUAUGGGCACUUGUCCUAUCGUGGAACCCAUGCAGGGUUUUCAGAUGGGUAGAUUCCUGGGUCUGUGGUAUGUUAUCCAGAAAACAUCAACAGGUAGCAAGUGCAUUACUUACAAUUACACAAGAGGAGAGGAACCGGGCGAAUACGUUAUAACGCAGGAUUCGGAUCAUCUAAUCUUAGGUCUUACGCCAUUGAAGCACGAGUAUCAUUAUACUGGCCAAUUGACUGUACCUGAACCAAGUACUCCGGGACGUAUGGAAGUCCGUUUUCCUCUUAGUGUAGCCGGAAGUGCGUCCCAUGUGGUAUUCAUGACGGAUUAUGAUACUUACGCUGGCAUAUUUACAUGUCAGAAAUUGGCGUUCGCUCAUCGACAGAGUGCGACGAUCCUCUCGAGGACCAGGACGUUGGAUCAGAUACAGGUUGACAAGAUACGUCAGCGAUUGGGUCAAUACGGCGUCGAUCCGUUCGAUUUGAGCAUCAUUUCACAGUCUGGCUGUCCGCAAGGCAAUAAUACUCUGGACAUCAACGUCGAUCCCAACACUUUCACUUCUGAAAAUUUGGGUAAUGUGGUGCGCAAAGCGGGUGAGAAGAUCGGCGAUGGCGUCCAGUGGAUCGCUCAGACCGGAAGCAAGGUAUAUCACAAGAUAGCCGGUACAGAAGAUACAGCAUCGACGACGGAGCAGAACAGUCGCGUCACAUCAAGGAACAGUGGCGAAAGAAUCGAGACGAACGAAGUGGAGUGGAUUCCCUAAAAAUCCAACCGAAUCAUUUUUUCACAUCAUUAUUUUUCAUUAUGUUAUUCGCGAUCUCGAUUCGCGAAUUUUGAUAUCUAUUUGAUAGUUCUAUUAAAAUCCUUCCUUCUAAUAUUAUAUGUUUGACCUUCUAUUCAUUUUAUUUGACAAAUAAUCGUAUAACGAAUGUAAAUAAAAUUACAGUGAAAAUGAAAGGAAUCAGCAUUGAUUGAUCGAUUGAUCUACAUUAUCGUGAAUGAUUAAAGAUCUGUUGCGAUCUGAUAUUGAUUAACGCAUCUCUGAUGAUUAACGCAUCAUCUGUGUUAAUAUAUGUUAAAUAUUCAAUAAAACUUUAAUACAAAAGUA